GGCUGCGGUGUAUCGUGAUUGCACACGAUACAUUCCCAGCCUGGGUCACAGUGUGGGACUUUUAUCUCCAAUAAUAAGAAGUUUUUAAAAAGAAAAAUUUCAAGAGAAAAAUGAUCGGAGUACCUGGACAAGAAUAUCAGAAGAAAAGAAAUACAAGUGGCAGAAAUCUAUAGCAAGGGACCACUAUCUCACUAACUUCAAAGAGGAAAUUAAAACAGUAAUGAGGGCUUUUUUUUUUUUUUUUUUUUUUUGGCAAAGACGACAAAGACUGAAAAUAGGAUUGUGUGGAAGCAGAAGCGUGUUAGUGGAAGUAUAAAAUCAUAAUUUUUUGGAGGGCAAUUUGGAAAUGAUUUACUCAGCCAUUCAAUAGCCAUGGAGAAAGAGCUGCGGAGCACCAUUGUUUUCAAUGCCUACAAAAAGGAGAUAUUUACCACCAACAACGGCUAUAAAUCCAUGCAGAAAAAACUUCGGAGUAAUUGGAAGAUUCAGAGCUUAAAAGAUGAAAUCACAUCUGAGAAGUUAAAUGGAGUGAAACUGUGGAUUACAGCUGGGCCAAGGGAAAAAUUUACUGCAGCUGAGUUUGAAAUCCUGAAGAAAUAUCUUGACAGCGGUGGAGAUGUCCUUGUGAUGCUAGGAGAAGGUGGAGAAUCCAGAUUUGACACCAAUAUUAACUUUUUACUGGAAGAAUAUGGAAUCAUGGUUAAUAAUGAUGCUGUGGUUAGAAAUGUAUAUCACAAAUAUUUCCAUCCUAAAGAAGCUCUAGUUUCCAGUGGAGUCUUGAACAGGGAAAUUAGCCGAGCUGCAGGAAAGGCUGUGCCUGGGAUCAUUGAUGAGGAAAGCAGUGGAAACAAUGCCCAGGCUCUCACCUUUGUGUAUCCUUUUGGUGCCACAUUGAGUGUCAUGAAACCAGCAGUGGCUGUUCUGUCUACAGGUUCUGUCUGCUUCCCACUUAACAGACCCAUUCUGGCUUUCUAUCACUCAAAGAACCAAGGUGGGAAGCUGGCAGUGCUUGGUUCAUGUCACAUGUUCAGUGAUCAAUAUUUGGACAAAGAAGAAAACAGCAAAAUCAUGGAUGUUGUUUUCCAGUGGCUCACAACAGGAGACAUCCACCUAAACCAGAUUGAUGCCGAAGACCCAGAGAUUUCUGAUUACAUGAUGCUGCCCUACACAGCCACCCUAUCAAAGCGGAAUCGAGAGUGUCUCCAGGAGAGCGAUGAGAUCCCGAGGGACUUUACCACCCUCUUUGACCUGUCCAUCUUCCAGCUGGAUACCACCUCCUUCCACAGUGUCAUCGAGGCUCACAAGCAGCUAAAUGUGAAGCAUGAACCGCUCCAGCUCAUCCAGCCUCAGUUUGAGACGCCUCUGCCAACCCUUCAGCCUGCGGUUUUUCCUCCCAGUUUCCGGGAGUUACCACCUCCACCUCUGGAGCUAUUUGAUUUAGAUGAAACAUUCUCCUCUGAGAAGGCACGGCUGGCUCAGAUUACCAAUAAGUGUACUGAAGAAGACCUGGAAUUCUAUGUCAGGAAGUGUGGUGACAUUCUUGGAGUAACCAGUAAACUACCAAAGGACCAACAGGAUGCCAAACAUAUCCUUGAGCACGUCUUCUUCCAAGUGGUGGAGUUCAAGAAAUUGAACCAGGAACAUGACAUCGAUACAAGUGAAACAGCAUUCCAGAACAAUUUCUGAAGACCAUGCCUCUUGAAGAUUUUUCUGCCUCCUGAUUCUCUCUUUAUAAACUAUUUUCAAAUUGUUCCUCAACUCCUUAUCAAAAUUGUUUAUAUACUCUUUCCUCCAUGAGCUAUGAAAGGUAUAUGCAUCUUCUGUAAUACCCAGAUAGGUAUAAGAUUUUUCACAAAAUCCUUAUGUAAGAUACAUUCCAUUUUUAAAAAUUAAAUGUAUGGUUGCAUCUGUCUUUUUAUACCCUA